AUGGAAAGCCCGCCGCCCUGGGCUAUGUGGCUUCGAGUUCCUACUCUGCGUGUAAUAGCUGAUGCGUUCGCUACCUACUCCAACUGGAAUGCUCCUCGCCCAAGCCGAGCCAUCUGGCUCAAUUCCACGUUGGGAGCCAAGACGCAGCGACGAGCAAUUAGAGUCGAUGUUGGAUUUUCCGCAGGUGACGGUCUGGGUCUGGCUGUUUGGGUCCUCCUCAACAACGCUGAAGAAUGGGGCUACAAGGUACCACUCCCUACCCCCAAAAUCGCGGGCCUUGCUCUAUUCUAUCCUUCGCUGGAUCAGACUGUGUCCAAAGCACGGAAACGUGAAGGGCUCCCAAGACAGGAUUUACUCUUGCCCAAAGGUUUAACUGAUAUAUUCGACGCUGCCUAUCUGGAACCGGUACCAAUUUCUGAGCGAGGUGAUAUCCGGUUAUCGCCUUCGCUUAUGCCUGAGGACUUGGUAGAACGACUGCCUCCAGUCUGUUUCUGCCUCUGUGAGCACGAUAUGCUUACCGCAGAGGGGAUUGCAUUUGCCAAAUGUCUUGAAGACCAUUCUAUUGAGGUUUAUGUGAGGGUCAGUCCUGAUGCACGGCAUGGAUGGGAUAAAGCACCGAACCCGGCAGACACAGUUGCGCAGGCAUAUAACGAGGUUUCAGAGCUCAUAAGAAAGUGGCUAGAAUAA